CUUUUCAAAAGAUAUCCUAACCCCAUGGAGCCAUAUAAUUUAACAGGGGCCUUGGAAUUCCUCCUCCUUGGACUCUCAGAUGAUCCUGACCUGCAGCCCAUCUUAUUUGUACUAUUCUUGCUCAUAUACCUGCUCACAGUGCUUGGAAAUAUGCUCAUCAUCCUGGCCAUCAGCUCUGAUUCCCACCUCCACAGCCCCAUGUAUUUCUUCCUCUGCAGUCUUUCCUUGUCUGACAUGGGCUUCAGUAGCACCACAGUCCCCAAAAUGUUGAUAAACAUGCAGACCCAUAGCAAAACUAUAACUUACGCAGCCUGCCUAAGUCAGGUAUCCUUCUUCUUUCUCUUUGGGUGUAUGGACAACCUACUACUGACUGUGAUGGCCUACGACCGAUGGGUAGCCAUUUGUCACCCUCUACACUACCAAGUCAUCCUGAAUCCUGGUCUGUGUAGACGUUUGGUCCUGGUGUCAUUUUUCAUUAGUCUUAUGGAUUCACAGGUACACUGGUUGAUGGUGUCACAACUAACAUUUUGCACUAAUAAAGAAAUCCCUCAUUUCUUCUGUGAUGUUCCAGAGCUUCUAAAACUUGCCUGUUCUGAUACCUCUAUCAGUAACAUAGUCAUAUUUCUUAUAGGUAUCAUUGGUGGUUUUCUCCCUGUCUCGGGAAUCUUUUACUCCUACUAUAAAAUUAUUUCCUCCAUUUUUAGAGUUCCAUCAUUACAUGGGAAAUAUAAAGCCUUUUCUACCUGUGGAUCACACCUGUCAGUUGUUUGCUUAUUUUAUGGAACAGGCCUUGGUGUGUACCUUAGUUCAUCUGUUCCUAACUCUUCCAGAGAAAGUGUGGUGGCUUCAGUAAUGUAUACCAUGGUGGUUCCCAUGAUUAACCCCUUCAUCUACAGUCUGAGAAAUAGAGACAUCAAGAAAGCCCUGCAGAAAAUAGUCAAAAUAACCUAA